UCCAGCAGCGACAGUUUCCUGUUCUCUCUGACUCUCCUCUCCUCCAUCUCUCUAUCCACCUGUUUCUCUGUCUGUCUGUCUGUCUGUGGAUCUCUGAGUGACAGCCAUCAUGUUCGUUGCUCCACCUGGCUACCAGCCCGUCUACAACCCUUGUAUCCCCUAUGUGGGGCCGAUCUACGGCGGGCUGAGAUCAGGGAUGUCUGUUUACAUCCAGGGAGUCAUCCCCCACAAGAUCACCAGGUUCCACAUUAAUCUGCAGUGUGGGGAAUUUGAGGGCAGUGACAUCGGCUUUCACUUCAGCCCUCGCUUCAAAGGCUGGGACAAUGUGGUGUUCAACAGCUGCCAGGAAGGGGAAUGGGGUUCAGAGGAGAAGACCCACAACAUGCCUUUUAGCAAGGGAGACGCCUUCGAGAUGGUCAUCAUCAUCAACCAGGAGGGUUACCAGGUGACAGUGAACGGGCGAGACUUUCAUAUGUUCAUGCAUCGUAUUCCAGUUGAAAGAGUCAAUGCCCUGCAGAUAGGAGGUGACGUUUCCAUCCAGACCAUCAACGUCAUCGGGGGAGGAGGAGGAAUGGGAGGUGGAUAUCCUACAGGUGGAAUGGGAGGAGGCAACAUGGCGGGAGGAUAUCCUGCAGGGGGAUAUCCAGGUGAUCAAAUGGGGGGACAGGGAUGUUACCCUGGUGGAGCUGGAGGAAACCUGCCGGUCAUGGAUGGACAACCAAUAUACAACCCUCCUGUCCCGUACUCCAGCAUGAUUCCAGGAGGGAUGUGUCUUAAGAAGACCAUCGUCAUCAGAGGCAUGGUGCCUCUAGGAGCUAACAGGUUCUCUAUAAACUUUAUGGUGGGCGGCUCGCGGGACAUAGCGUUCCACAUGAACCCUCGUCUACAGGAGGGAGAGGUGGUGAGAAACAGUUUGAUUGGUGGGAGCUGGGGCAUGGAGGAGAGAGAGAUCAGCAUCAACCCCUUCCAGGCGGGACAGUACUUUGACAUGUCUAUCCGUUGUGGGAACCAGCGGUUCAAGGUGUUUGUGAACGGGCAGCACAUGUGUGACUUCUUCCACCGCUUCCAGAACUACAGCCAGAUAGACACCCUGGAGCUGGAGGGAGACGUGCAGAUCUCAUACGUACACUUCUGAGCCAACACACACACAAUACUACACACACACACACACACACACACACAAUACUACAGACACACACACACAAUACUACACACACACACACUCACACACACACUCUGGAUGUUCCACCAUGAUUCAACAUUGUACCUCUGUAAGCAGGUUGUUAUUAGAUGUUUUAAUUUGAUCCUAAGAGAGAGAAUCAAAGUAAUCAAACUACUUUAAUAAAAAUAAAUAUCAU